AUGCAUUCAACUGCUUUUUACUUGAAAGCGUCGACAUCUGCCCAAAUUAAACUUGCUUUAUCAAAUGGACUACGAUUAAUAUGGUCAGAUGUUUCCAAAAGUUUUGAUGCUUUCAGAGCUGAUGUUCAUCGUGAGCAGUUAUUCAUGACAGAAUUAACAUCAGCAAGACAUAUUUUGGCGAAAAUUGACUGUGCGACAUCGAUUGCCAUGUCAUCAAAAUUAGCAUAUCAACUUACAAAACUCGCCAAUUGA